AUGUCCAGAGGCCUGAGCCAUGGAGUUUGGCGUCUGCUGUUCUGGCUUCUUCUCCUCGCAGCCUGGGAGGCAGGGAGCGGCCAUCUCCACUACUCCGUCCCUGAGGAGGCCAAACACGGCACCUUCGUGGGCCGCAUCGCUCAGGACCUGGGGCUGGAGCUGGCCGAGCUGGUGCCCCGCCUGUUCAGGGUGGCGUCCAAGGACCGCGGGGACCUUCUGGAGGUAAAUCUGCAGAAUGGCAUUUUGUUUGUGAAUUCUCGGAUCGACCGGGAGGCGCUGUGCGGGCGGAGCGCGGAGUGUAGCAUCCACCUGGAGGUGAUCGUGGACCGGCCUCUGCAGGUUUUCCACGUGGAGGUGGAGGUCAGGGACAUUAACGACAAUCCGCCGGUGUUCCCACACCCUCCGAUGUUCUCCGUAGCAGAACAAAAGAUCUUGGUACCCGAAUCUAGGCUGCUUGAUUCUCGUUUUCCCCUAGAAGGCGCUUCUGAUGCAGAUGUUGGCGAGAACGCGAUGCUUACUUACAAACUCAGUUCAAACGAUUUUUUUAUUCUUGAUAUUGUAAACAAAAAAGGCAAAGGCGAGCUCCCAGUGCUUGUUCUUCGAAAACUGAUAGAUCGGGAAGAAAACCCUCAGCUAAAGUUGUUACUGACAGCAACGGAUGGAGGCAAACCCGAGUUUACCGGAUCGGUUUCUUUGUUGAUCCAGGUGUUGGAUGCUGUUGAUAAUGCUCCCGUUUUUGACAAAUCUGUUUACGAAGUUAAGAUGUCUGAGAAUCAAGAGAAUCAAACGUUAGUCAUAUGGCUGAAUGCUACUGACACAGAUGAAGGAAUAAACAAGGAAGUGGAGUAUUCAUUUAGUUCUUUGACUCCAUCUAGCAUAAGAAAGAAAUUUUUAAUAAAUGAACAAACUGGAGAGAUAAAAGUAAAUGGCGCUAUUGACUUUGAGGAUAGUAACAGUUAUGAAAUUCACGUGGAUGCUACAGAUAAAGGACAUCCACCUAUGGUGGCUCACUGCACUGUACUCGUGGAAAUCCUGGAUGAAAACGAUAACGCACCAUCAUUAUCACUCCCUGUGCGAGAGGAUGCACAAUUGGGGACAGUUAUCGCCUUAAUCAGCGUGACAGACCCUGACUCUACUGUCAACGGGCAGGUGACCUGCUCUCUGACCCCUCAUGUCCCCUUCAAGCUGGUGUCCACCUUCAAGAAUUAUUAUUCACUCGUACUGGACAGUGCCCUAGAUCGAGAGACUGUCGCUAACUACUACGUGGUUGUGACAGCCAGGGACGGGGGUUCGCCCUCGCUGUGGGCCACAGCCAGCGUGUCCGUGGAGGUGGCUGAUGUGAACGACAACGCUCCCGCGUUCGCACAGCCCGAAUACACGGUGUUCGUGAAGGAGAACAACCCUCCUGGCGCGCACAUCUUCACAGUGUCGGCCACAGACGCGGACACGCAGGAGAACGCGCUGGUGUCCUACUCUCUAGUGGAGAGGAGGGUGGGCGAGCGCUUGCUGUCAAGCUUCGUGUCUGUGCACGCAGAGAGCGGCAAGGUGUUCGCGCUGCAGCCUCUGGACCAUGAGGAGCUGGAGCUGCUGCAGUUCCAGGAUAGUAACAGUUAUGAAAUUCACGUGGAUGCUACAGAUAAAGGACAUCCACCUAUGGUGGCUCACUGCACUGUACUCGUGGAAAUCCUGGAUGAAAACGAUAACGCACCAGAAAUAGUCCUUACUUUCUUGUCUGAUCCGGUGAAAGAAGAUGCUCUUUUGGGUACUGUAAUCGCCCUGAUCAGUGUGUCCGACCGUGACUCUGGGGCCAAUGGGCAGGUGACCUGCUCCCUGACCCCUCAUGUCCCCUUCAAGCUGGUGUCCACCUUCAAGAAUUAUUAUUCACUCGUACUGGACAGUGCCCUAGAUCGAGAGACUGUCGCUAACUACUACGUGGUUGUGACAGCCAGGGACGGGGGUUCGCCCUCGCUGUGGGCCACAGCCAGCGUGUCCGUGGAGGUGGCUGAUGUGAACGACAACGCUCCCGCGUUCGCACAGCCCGAAUACACGGUGUUCGUGAAGGAGAACAACCCUCCUGGCGCGCACAUCUUCACAGUGUCGGCCACAGACGCGGACACGCAGGAGAACGCGCUGGUGUCCUACUCUCUAGUGGAGAGGAGGGUGGGCGAGCGCUUGCUGUCGAGCUUCGUGUCUGUGCACGCAGAGAGCGGCAAGGUGUUCGCGCUGCAGCCUCUGGACCAUGAGGAGCUGGAGCUGCUGCAGUUCCAGGUGAGCGCGCGGGAUGCUGGUGUGCCUGCCCUGGGCAGCAAUGUGACUCUGCAGGUGUUUGUACUGGAUGAGAACGACAAUGCGCCUGAGCUGCUAGGGCCUCAGACAGUUGGACCUGCUAGUGAAUUUAGCCAACUUGUGUCGCGGUCAGUGGGUGCUGGACAUGUGGUGUCAAAAGUGCGCGCGGUGGAUGCAGACUCAGGUUACAAUGCGUGGCUGUCUUACGAGCUGCAGCCCACUGUGGCCACACGCAGUCCUUUCCGUGUGGGUCUGUACACGGGUGAGAUCAGCACGACACGCGCCCUGGAUGAAACUGAUACACCGCGCCAGCGCCUAUUGGUGUUGGUCAAGGAUCAUGGAGAACCCUCAUUGACCGCCACUGCAACGGUUCUGGUAUCUCUGGUGGAGAGCGGCCAGGUGCCAAAAGCUUCUUCUCAGGGGUUGUCCAACUCCUCAAAUAGGGAGGUGUCGCUGGUGGAUGUCAACGUGUACCUGAUCAUCGCCAUCUGCGCAGUGUCCAGCCUGUUGGUGCUCACUCUGCUGCUGUACACUGCACUGCGCUGCUCCGCAGUGCCUAUACAAGGCGGGUGUGGGCUUGGAAAGCCCGUGCUGGUGUGCUCCAGUGCGGUGGGGACUUGGUCAUACUCUCAGCAGAGACAACAGCGGGUGUGCUCUGGAGAGGGUCCGCCCAAGACGGACCUCAUGGCCUUCAGCCCCAGUCUUACACCCUGCCCUGUGACCGAUGUAGGAGUGGAAAAUCAUUCUGCUGGAGGAGACGUUUCUGGGAAGGUGGGCCAUUACUUUUUAUUUUUGUAUUUUGCUUGA